AUGCAUUUUCCCAUCGACAGCCACAUUCCGACCUCCGUCGUUCUCAUUCUCGUUUUCCUUGCUCUUCUUUGGGGAGUCAUCGUUGCUUGUUACAUCGCCGAUGUCGCAUGGGCCGUUUGCUUUGCUCAAAAUGCUAUCAACUCGAUGAAAGAGACUGAAUUGCGCCGUCAAGCUGUUUCACGUCGCCCCGUGUUCAUCAUCGGAGAGCAUAAAACACGCCAUGAAAACGUUGAACGACUCAUUCGAACAGUUUGA